CAAAUGUUUUAUUUAUUCUGUAACUACUGCUAUUAUUAUUGCUUGAUGAUUUACUCUUUUGUUUGUUGUGCCGUCUUGUUGUUGACAUGUGGAAAGAAAAAAUACAAAGUGAAUAAGAAGCAACCUAAACAAAAUAAGCAAUUGGGAAAAUUAAAAAUUAAAUCAAAGAAAGAAGGCAAACAAUUAAUGAAGAAAAACAAUUACAAACAUCAAAGCAAUAAUGCAAACCAAGAACAUCAAAAAAUUCAAAAAUUAAUGCCGAACAUCGAAUUUCCCGAGUCUAUCAGCACUUAUACUAACAAUACUUGGAGUUUUCCCAACGCAAGAAUGCUCUCAUUGGUGAAAGAAAUAGAAUGGACAUUAGCGACAGCCGUCACUCAACAAGAUUCCGUUCAUUCAAUUAUUGGUUACGACGAGAAGUUCUUCACGACACUUCCAAUUGGCACUUUCACGAUUUUGCUAGAGACUCCGGAUGGAUGCAGAUUUGGUUAUGUUGAAUGUGCUGAUUUGAAGAAUGGACCAAAUCCAAUAACCGUACUGGGAAAUUGUGAUCAACGCGUGAAAGACAGUUGUUUUGUUGCAAGGACUUUUACUUCUUUAUUUAUGGAAGAAGAACUCGGUUUAGAUGUUUAUGAAAAACAAUUGGCUAUUAAUAUGCUUCCAGCUGGAAUGCCGAAGAGCGGAGAAAGUGCUGGUAUAUCAAUAGUUAGCUCAAUGCUCUCACGUUUAUUAAAAAUGGCACCUGAAAAUGAUUAUGCUAUGACUGGCGAAAUCAGUCUUACUGGCGAAGUAAUAGAAGUUACGGGUCUCCCAGUCAAAUUAAAAGCUAUAAUACGUUUGGGCGUAAAACAUCUCAUUCUUCCAAAGAAUAUGGAGCAUCAAUGGAACAACAUAAACGAAAAAGAAAAAGGUGGAAUAAUCGCACACUUUGUGAAGAAAUAUAUGGAAGUGUUUAAGAUGAUUUUCCCAAGAUAUCAAAUUCCAAUGAAACCAGUGAAAAAUGAAGUAACCUAUUGA